CUAAGCACAUUACUUUAGAACUUUCGUUAGCAUUUCGUACAACAGUUUUAAAUAGCAACACCGUACCAAUAAACUUUGUAAUAAUAACAAACACGCAAAAAUAGAAAUUCAGAAGAAAGUGAAUACAUUUCAUGGUGAAGUUUUAUUUAUUAUUUUUUUAAAUAAUGGGUGUUCCAACAGGUGAAACAAUUGUUUCUGUAGAAUUCGAAGUAUUCGGUCAUGUUCAAGGUGUGUAUUUCACAAAAUAUUGCCGAGAAAUGUGUGAUCAAUUGGGUGUGAGUGGUUGGGUAAAAAAUUCGAAAAAAGGUACAAUUGUUGGUAAAAUUCAAGGAAGUCGUCCAAAUGUAGAAACUAUGGUAGCGUGGUUAUCAAAUCAAGGAUCACCAGGAUGUAAAAUCGAUCAUUGUGAUUUAACCAAUUGGGAGAAUUUAUCAAAACCUGAAUUCAAAGGAUUUUCUAUUCGAUUCUAAUUUAUUUUUAAUUCCAAGAUAUUUUUAUA